ACUUGCUCGUCUCUCCCAGAACACGUGCUGAUGCUUGCUCUUCUACCGAGUCUCGUGCUCGUGGCAGCAUCGCCACGUGCUCCAUUCGUGCCGCUCACCCCCUCAGAAGCAUGUUUACGAGCCGUGCCAUUAGGACGGGAGGAGCAGGGAGAAAUCGCCAGACCCAAAGGUCAAAACGGCAUAGCAGACCAACACCUGGUCGCAUUUGAUCUUGCCUCAGAAGAACAAGCUGAAUUGGGGUUUUCUUAGGGCACGCUGAUGGACAUGGUUUUUCAUUUUCUCUGUCGAGAUAAACUGAAUAUCUUAUGGUCAUGAUGAUACCCACUAUAAUCCAUCGGGGUCAUGAAGCGGCGCAACCGAAUGCUCACCGUUUUACACCUCGCAGAGCAAGUGAAGCAUAUCACCAAAGGGUCCGCGCCAAACAGAGAUGCUACCUCUUCACAUCCACAAGCAGCACCACUGCCCCAGGGCGGUGACAUAGUCGAGGCUGGUGUUGCAGGUGGUUACACGGCGUUUUCCGUCUUUUUCUACCUGUUAUGUCUGGGUGACGUGAACCACAGGUUUGUCCGCUUGUUUGAUACGUGGAACGGGCUGCCUCCUCAGGAAAAGACGACUAAAGGUGGAGCAUCAAUAGAAGAAGUGGAUUUGAGACUACAGAAAGAUGAGGACAAAGCAGGAGAGCAAGGCGAAAUACCGGGAACAACUCCACCUCAACGCACUUCUAGACAAGCUAGUUUGAAAAAGAACAAACUAGCUGACCACACUUUUCAACCUGGGGAUUUCAAUGUCACGUUGCAGGAUUUCACGAACAACGCAAGGGCUAUGGGCGAUCUCUUCAGAAUGAGGGUGCAAAAUGAGACUCAUGGCGUUUGGUCUAAGUUUCCAUUCUUGCGUGACAAAGCACAUCGGCAAAUGUUCGAUUUUAUAAGAGAGGAACAACGACGAGUUGUUGUUCAAGAAGUUGGCCAACGUCAUCAAGAGCGACGUGCGGAUGGAAAAGCUGUUGGUGAACCUUCUAGAUCGAGUACCUUCGAGCCAAAGGCAGAGGUUUCCACGCUCGACCACAUUUUUAGCAGUGUGAGUUGGACCAACAAGGAUUCAUCAGAAGAUCACGAACAAGACGAUAUUAGAGUAAAAUCAAUUUCAACGAAAGCGACCAAAGACUAUCUCGCCCAUAUCGAAGACAGAUGUUUCUGGGAAUUGCAUCUUCAGAAUCACUUCAGGCUAUACCAAGGGACAUUCGCAGAUACGAUGGAGAAGGCACUACUUGGAUCGGCAGAAGCUGAGGGACAACGAGGACAAGAUGAGAGAAUAGAAGUUCAAGAUUUUGAACGAGCAGUCGUCUUGAAUGGGCCGUCGCUUGGUGGACUUUUGACUAGAGAAUCGCAAAGCGGAAGUAUGGAACAAGAAGAAGGAGGAAAGGGGAAGGGUCGUAAAGGUGGCAGUACAUCGACAGUAUUCUCAACUCUCAGUGCAUUGACGAGAAGAACGGUCAACUGUCCUUUGAGCCUGAGCAUAAGGGCAAGCGGACGAACGAAACCAUCUCCAUCUGUAGUAUCAACUACAUCUUCAACUCCACCUACAGCUCGUCCAUCAGUGUCCCUCCUGAUGUGUGACGGUGACCUCUACUCCUCGACGCAAGACUGUCUGAAAGCUGGCACGCCUGCGCUUUUGCCACGGGCUUGGAUCUACUACGACGAUAUGUGGGUCUUUCCGCCUGUUUUCAGAGCUGUCAGGGACUUCUUCGAGGAUUUGGAAGCUAGACAGAGGAAACUAGAAGUAGAAGCUGAGAACAUAGAAGCAGAUUCUCAAAGUUCUUUGAAACAUUUGAAGUUCGGCCCAGUCUACGUUGUUCGCGAAAUCAGUGAGGACUUCUCACUACUUCCAGCAUCUAUCAUCAGAGGUCAAGGCCUAGCACCUGGCGGAUGGUACAGGAUAUAUGGGAAGUGGUACAAACUUUCGGCAGCUGCUCAGCAAAGAUUGCCGGAGGGAUGAUACAUAAUGAAUGUGCGUCUCUGCAAGAGUGCAACGAAAUACUAUGAAUGUGGUCUAUGUUCUUGAAAUGUUAAUGUUGUUCUUGCAACGCCGUGUAGUGUGCAAGGUGACG